AUGAAGUUUGAUAUGGUUACCGGCGCAUCGGCGCUGCUAUGGCUCAUCGCGGGCGUCGAGGCAUCCGGACACGCCCGCCUGCAUCAAUCGAGACAUCAACACGGUGGUAUCCACUCAGUUGCCGAAGUGGGAGCUCCACUGGAGAAGAGAGGAGGGAAAUGCGAGUUUCCUACCGAUGCCGGCUUGGUCGCGGUGACUCCGAACAUGAAGAACGCCGGCUGGGCCAUGAGUCCCGACCAGCCUUGUGAGCCCGGCCACUAUUGCCCGUAUGCUUGUCCUCCCGGCCAAGUAUCGAUGCAAUGGGACCCCAAAGCCACCUCUUACUCAUAUCCCAAGUCCAUGAAUGGCGGUCUUUAUUGCGAUGAUGACGGCAAGAUUCAGAAGCCGUUCCCCAACAAGCCGUAUUGUCAGGACGGCACAGGCUCCGUCGGCGCCCGCAACAAGUGCGGCAAACAAGUCGCCUUCUGCCAGACCGUUCUACCUGGAAACGAGGCCAUGCUGAUUCCCACUCUGGUGGAAGAACUGGCGACACUUGCUGUGCCUGAUCUCAGCUAUUGGUGUGAAACAGCCGCCCACUUCUAUAUCAAUCCCCCGGGUUACGAUACCGAAACCGCUUGCGUCUGGGGUACCUCUGACAAACCGAUCGGUAACUGGUCACCGUAUGUUGCCGGCACGAACACCGAUGGAAACGGCAAUACGUUCUUGAAGAUCGGUUGGAAUCCGAUUUACCUCGAACCCGCAACGCCUUUCCGCAAUGAGAUUCCCGAAUUCGGUGUCGAGAUCGAGUGCGAGGGCGGCGGCUGCAAUGGUCUUCCAUGCAAAAUCGAUCCGGCGGUCAACGGUGUCAACGAGAUGGUCGGCAGCUCUUCCGUCGGGGCCGGCGGCGCAACAUUCUGCGUGGUGACAGUCCCCAAGGGCGAAAAGGCCAAUGUUGUCGUUUUCAAUAAGUCUGGUGGCGGCGGCGGCGGCGGCGGUGGUGGCUCCUCGUCGACCAAGAAGCCCGAACCCACGACUAAAUCCGAUCCCACAACUAAGCUCGAUCCCACAACUAAGCCCAGCGAGAGCAGCACCAAGACUGCCGCCCCAUCCAGCACGGAUUCCCCAAGCACGUCGACCGAUGCGCCGUCCUCCACCUCCGACGAGCCCUCUAGCACAUACUCAAGCGCAAGCUCCACCACCAUUACCACCACUACACCUUCCGUGACUAGCGGUCCAAGUCAGAAAGCUAAGGGCUCCAAGAGCGAGUGGCCUUCUGGAUCUGCGUCUUCUGAAUCUGCGUCGUCUGACCUGCCUUACACGUACGAACCGCAGAUGUUUGUUAAACAAUCGGUGUCUGUUGGACCUCUUCCGGCAAUGACCACUGGAUCCGCGCAAGCCAGUCCUACACCGGUUCCUGAGAAAGAAAAUGGAAGCGCUGCCAAUGCCGCGGUGUCAGUGCUGACACUAGGAAUGGGAGCCGUUGCGGCCAUCAUGGUGAACCUCUAG